UGCCCGAUUCCUCAUCGCGUCGCUACGCAAUCACCCCACUCUUCUAUUCUCCUCGCGCGAGUUUGCUUCAACGUCUCGUCCUCUUCGUCCCGAUCCGUGCGUGAUGGCGCCGAAGGCGGAGAAGAAGCCUGCGGAGAAGAAGCCCGCGGAGGAUAAGGCGGAGAAGGCCCCCAAGGCGGAGAAGAAGCCCAAGGCCGAGAAGCGGCUGCCGGCGUCCAAGGAGGGCGGCGACAAGAAGGGCAAGAAGAAGGCCAAGAAGAGCGUGGAGACCUAUAAGAUCUACAUCUUUAAGGUGCUCAAGCAGGUGCACCCGGACAUCGGCAUCUCCUCCAAGGCCAUGUCCAUCAUGAACUCCUUCAUCAACGACAUCUUCGAGAAGCUCGCGCAGGAGGCGGCGCGCCUCGCUAGGUACAACAAGAAGCCCACCAUCACGUCCCGCGAGAUCCAGACCUCGGUGCGCCUCGUCCUCCCCGGCGAGCUCGCCAAGCACGCCGUCUCCGAGGGCACCAAGGCCGUCACCAAGUUCACCUCCUCCUAGAUUCAUAGAUGUCCCCUUUGACCGUGUCUGUUCUUGCCUCUUCCCUGUAUUAUGGGCCGAGGAUUAGUUUGUAAUUGGUGAUGCUAGUUCGUGAACAAUGAAAUGAAUGGUAGUGCUACGUUUGGUAUC